AUGCAGCUCUACAAAGUAAGGUGGGGUGGUAGCAUGGAGAAAGAUAAGCGAUUCAAAAUGUUACUCAAGCAAUUUCUCCUCCUGUCUUCCCUACUGCCUUUGAUACAGGCCCAGGAGACUGUUCUCGGAGUCUAUAUCUUCCAUCGCCACGGAGACCGUACAACCAAGAGCUAUCCUCCCACCUCCCUUACAGAUUUGGGGUAUUAUCAGGUCCAUGCUUCUGGCGACUAUUACCGCAGUCGUUACAUCAAAUCCAAUGCGUCCUCAGAAAUUUACGGAAUCAGCUCAAAUCUAGUCAAGAAUUCUCAAUUGAGUGUUCAAUCUACAGCAGAUACGGUUCUCCAGAACUCUGCUUCUGGUUUUCUUCAAGGACUCUAUCCUCCUGUUGGCACCACUUUGGGGACUCAGAGUUUGGCCAAUGGAACAAAUGUUACCUCACCAUUGAGUGGCUUUCAGCUCAUUCCAGUGAACGCAGUUGCGUCCGCUUCAUCUUCAGCCAAUUCAGAAAACUCGGCUUGGCUACAGGGCUCAUCUUGGUGCGAAUCCGCCACUGUCAGUAGCAAUAACUACUUCUACUCCGCAGAGUAUUUACAGAAGCUGAACUCGACGGCCGAUUUCUAUAAAAGCGUUUUGCCUGUCAUCAAUGGAACUUUCACCACUGCUAAUGACACGUUCAAGAACGCAUAUACUGUUUAUGAUUUAAUACAUGUUUCGCAAAUCCAUAAUAAGACUAUCCAGUCUAGCAGUUUGCUCACCAGUGAUACCGUUUUUCAACUCCAGACCCUCGCGGAUAACCAUGAGUUCAAUCUCGCAUACAACUCCUCAGACACCAUACGAGCCAUCGCAGGCAGCACUCUGGCAGCUCAAAUCGUACAGCAACUCAAUACCACCAUCACGGGAAAGAGCAAAGUACCAGUGGGAAUUCAAUUCGGCGCCUAUGCCUCCUUCCUCUCAUUCUUCGGUCUCGCUCAACUCCCCAAGGCCUCCGAAAACUUCACCGGCAUCGUUGACUACGCCUCUUCCAUGACUUUUGAACUCGUCACAAAUGCCACAGUCAACAGCACCUCCUACCCAUCCGCAGAUCAAAUAUCCAUCCGCUUCCUUUUCUCCAACGGCACAGCGUCCGAGAACCCUCUCACUGCGUACCCGCUGUUCGGCCAAGAAGAGACCGUGAUCUCAUGGCCUACAUUCGUGGACGAGAUGAACAAGUUCGCAAUUGGUGACCAGGCGACUUGGUGCCAGCAGUGCGGGAACUCGACGGGUGCCUGUGCUUCGACAACCUCUUCCUCUUCCUCUUCCUCUGCAUCCGCGUCUGCCUCGUCACAGUCAUCUUCUUCCGGAGGAAUUUCAAAGGCCGUGGCUGGUGUUAUUGGUGCGAUGGUCACGCUGGCUGUGAUUCUGGGAUUGGAGGCUCUUAUUAUGCUGCUUGGUGGGUUGCGCUUGGUUAGCAAGAAGAGGUUGGGUGCUGGGCAAGUCGCCUCUAAUAGUGCUACCCCUGCGACUAAGGCGGCAUGA